ACCGGAAGAUGAAUGGUGUGUUGCAGUCAUGUGCUGCCGACGACUGUCAACUUCACUGAUAAAUUACUGAUACAUAAAUAAAUAGUUUGAUGAUGUCCCCAGCUACGUUUACACGUCAGUGUUGAGGCCCAAAUAUACAUACAUGUCGGACACCGGUGAGGAGUGGCAGGUAGCUCGGCGGCGAAAAGGUGCAUCGAGGAAAUUGAAAUCUGUUCAAGUAUCUUCAGCCUCUAUAGGCUUUCAGGAGGAUCUGGAUGUUGGAAAACUUCUCAAGCGAAUCAGAGAUACAACGUCUGAGCUAAGAUGCAAGGAGUUUUGGCAGAAGUGGAAAGAGCAGCUGCUGGUGACAGCAUCAAGAUCCCUAGCAAAACUUUCAGAAAACUCUGAGGAUCAUCUGGAGAAAGACAGUGAAGGCUCAGUUCAUCAGCAGCUGCAGUGUGUGUGCUAUGGCCUUGGCUCCUUUUCUUCAUGUGUCUCAUCCCGCUACCAGCUUGCCAUGUUGCUGAUGCUACUGGAUGCUGGACAGAUCCCACUGCAGGACUGCUCUGUGUAUGAUCCUAUUUUCUCCUCUGCAGAGAGGGAUAUUUUGAGAGAACUGGGACUGACUGUACUCACAGAAAAUGAGGAGGGGAAGCGUCUGGCGACUAAGCCCACACUCUUUUACUUGAUGCACUGCGGGAAAGCACUGUACAACAACCUCUUGUGGAAGAACUGGAGCGCCCAGUCGUUGUCUCUGGUAGUGAUCAUCGGAAACAGCUUCACCAGCAUGAGGGAGAGGUCUAUAGAGAGGGAAUUCAAGCAGCAAUACAGCUACAUCAGUGAGGCUGUGGAUCUGUGCGAGGAGAGAAAGCUGCCGUGUCCUUCCCAUCUGAUAGACGUCUUCAGUGAUACGGCGAUUAUAAGCUUUCCUGCCAACAAUCUAAAAGAAAUCCCACAGUCUAACUGGACUGAUUCACCUGAACCACAGUACCAACAUUGCCAUGACUUGGAGAUUAUACAGAGGGAAACUCAGAUCUGAGAUUGGAGAUGAACAAUAGUGGGCAUGUUUUUAUUGUGGACAUUGAUGUCAACACUUUAAAUAAACUGAAUUUUUGUAUGACUGAGUGAUUUUUUUAAAUUUUAUUUUCAACAAUAAGUUUAUCCCAAGGCUU